CUCAGCCUCCAAAGUAGCUGGGGUUGCAGGCAUCCGGCACCAUGCCUGGCUAAUUUUUGUUUUUUUUAGUAGAGGCAGGGUUUUGCCAUGUUGGCCAGGCUGGUCUUGAACUCUUGACCUCAGGUGAUCCACCCUCCCAGGCUUCCCAAAACUAAGUAAAAUUUUUAAGAUCAGAUAGUAAUAUGAGUGAUUUUUGAACUCUCACAGAGUAGGGCUCACAGUAGGUUCUCAGGUCACAAGGUUAUCUCUAGGAUCCCUUAGAGGGCCCCUCAGGGUCCUCUCUGACAACUGUUUCUUCCUGGGUCCUGGCUGGAGAUCUCUGCUGCCCCCAGACUCAGAAGAGCCACUCCAGGACUCAGGGCGUGGCUGGCUUUGGGCCAGCCCACCUCUCCAGAUCCAAGGCAGGUCUCCUAUCUCGGCAAUCAAAUGGUGCUCUGCCUCCGGCCCCGUCUGGGGACCCUGCUCACCAGCCACCGGCGGUUUAGGCCAACCUCCCCGCCUCCUCCCCAAUGCAGACACAGCCUAUAAAACCACCCUGUGUGUCCUUGCCGACCCUAGCCCCUCCCUGGACACCCAGGCCACAAUGGCAGAACUGCCCGCCACAGAGACGCCUGGGGACCCCACUCUGUGCAGCGGGCGCUUCACCAUCAGCACACUGCUGAGCAGUGAUGAGCCUUCGCCACCAGCUGCCUAUGACAGCAGCCACCCCAGCCACCUGAGCCACAGCAGCACCUUCUGCAUGCGCACCUUUGGCUACAACACUAUCGACGUGGUGCCCGCGUAUGAGCAUUAUGCCAACAGUACCCAGCCUGGUGAGCCCCGGAAGGUCCGGCCCACACUGGCUGACCUGCACUCUUUCCUCAAGCAGGAAGGCAGACACCUGCAUGCUCUGGCCUUUGACAGCCGGCCCAGCCACGAGAUGACCGAUGGGCUGGUGGAAGACGAGGCAGGCACCAGCAGCGGGAAGAACCCUGAAGAGCCUGUGCGCUUCGGCUGGGUCAAGGGGGUGAUGAUCCGUUGCAUGCUCAACAUUUGGGGCGUGAUCCUCUACCUGCGGCUGCCCUGGAUUACGGCCCAGGCAGGCAUUGUCCUGACCUGGACCAUCAUCCUGUUGUCAGUCACGGUGACCACCAUCACAGGCCUCUCCAUCUCGGCCAUCUCCACCAACGGCAAGGUCAAGUCAGGUGGCACCUACUUCCUCAUCUCCCGGAGUCUGGGCCCAGAGCUCGGGGGCUCCAUCGGCCUCAUUUUCGCGUUUGCCAAUGCCGUGGGUGUGGCCAUGCACACCGUGGGCUUUGCAGAGACCGUGCGGGACCUGCUCCAGGAGUAUGGGACACCCAUUGUGGACCCCACUAACGACAUCCGCAUCAUUGGCGUGGUGUCCGUCACUGUGCUGCUGGCCAUCUCCCUGGCUGGGAUGGAGUGGGAGUCCAAGGCCCAGGUGCUGUUCUUCCUUGUCAUCAUGGUCUCCUUUGCCAACUACUUGGUGGGGACGCUGAUCCCCCCAUCUGAGGACAAGGCCUCCAAAGGCUUCUUCAGCUACCGGGGGGACAUUUUUGUCCAGAACUUGGUGCCUGACUGGCGGGGCCCAGAUGGCACCUUCUUUGGAAUGUUCUCCAUCUUCUUCCCCUCGGCGACAGGCAUCCUCGCAGGGGCCAACAUAUCCGGUGACCUCAAGGACCCUGCCAUAGCCAUCCCCAAGGGGACCCUCAUGGCCAUUUUCUGGACCACCAUUUCUUACCUGGCCAUCUCAGCCACCAUUGGCUCCUGCGUGGUGCGCGAUGCCUCUGGGGUCCUGAAUGACACGGUGACCCCCGGCUGGGGUGCCUGCGAGGGACUGGCCUGCGGCUAUGGCUGGAACUUCACCGAAUGCGCCCAGCAGCACAGCUGCCACUACGGCCUCAUCAACUAUUACCAGACUAUGAGCAUGGUGUCAGGCUUUGCGCCCCUGAUCACAGCCGGCAUCUUUGGGGCCACCCUCUCCUCUGCCCUGGCCUGCCUUGUCUCUGCUGCCAAAGUCUUCCAGUGCCUUUGCGAGGACCAGCUGUACCCACUGAUCGGCUUCUUCGGGAAAGGCUACGGCAAGAACAAGGAGCCUGUGCGUGGCUACCUGCUGGCCUACGCCAUCGCCGUGGCCUUCAUCAUCAUUGCUGAGCUCAACACCAUAGCCCCCAUCAUUUCCAACUUCUUCCUCUGCUCCUAUGCCCUCAUCAACUUCAGCUGCUUCCAUGCCUCCAUCACCAACUCGCCUGGGUGGAGACCCUCCUUCCAAUACUACAACAAGUGGGCGGCGCUGUUCGGGGCCGUCAUCUCCGUGGUCAUCAUGUUCCUCCUCACCUGGUGGGCGGCCCUCAUCGCCAUCGGCAUGGUGCUCUUCCUCCUGCUCUAUGUGAUCUACAAGAAACCAGAGGUAAACUGGGGCUCCUCGGUACAAGCCGGCUCCUACAACCUGGCCCUGAGCUAUUCAGUGGGGCUCAACGAGGUAGAAGACCACAUCAAGAACUACCGCCCCCAGUGCCUGGUGCUCACAGGGCCCCCAAACUUCCGCCCAGCACUGGUGGACUUUGUGGGCACCUUCACCCAGAACCUCAGUCUGAUGAUCUGUGGCCACGUGCUCAUCGGACCCCCCAAGCAGAGGAUGCCUGAGCUCCGGCUCAUCGCCAGCGGACACACCAAAUGGCUGAACAAGAGGAAGAUCAAGGCCUUCUACUCCGACGUCAUUGCCGAGGACCUCCGAAGCGGUGUCCAGAUCCUCAUGCAGGCUGCAGGUCUCGGGAGAAUGAAGCCCAAUAUUCUGGUGGUCGGGUUCAAGAAGAACUGGCAGUCGGCUCAUCCAGCCACAGUGGAAGACUACAUUGGCAUCCUCCACGAUGCCUUUGAUUUCAACUAUGGUGUGUGUGUGAUGAGGAUGCGGGAGGGGCUCAACAUGUCCAGGAUGAUGCAGGCACACAUUAACCCCGUGUUUGACCCAGCGGAGGACAGCAAGGAAGCGAGUGCCAGAGGUGCCAGGCCGUCAGCCUCUGGCGUGUUGGACCCCAAGGCCCUGGUGCGGGAGGAGCAGGCCAGCACCAUCUUCCAGUCAGAGCAGGGCAAGAAGACCAUCGACAUCUACUGGCUCUUUGACGACGGAGGCCUCACCCUCCUCAUUCCCUAUCUCCUCCGCCGAAAGAAGAGGUGGAGCAAAUGCAAGAUCCGUGUGUUCGUGGGCGGCCAGAUUAACAGGAUGGACCAGGAGAGAAAGGCGAUCAUUUCUCUGCUGAGCAAGUUCCGACUGGGAUUCCAUGAAGUCCACAUCCUCCCUGACAUCAACCAGAACCCUCGGGCUGAGCACACCAAGAGGUUUGAGGACAUGAUUGCACCCUUUCGCCUGAAUGAUGGCUUCAAGGAUGAGGCCACUGUCAACGAGAUGCGGCGGGACUGCCCCUGGAAGAUCUCAGAUGAGGAGAUUACGAAGAACAGAGUCAAGUCCCUUCGGCAGGUGAGGCUGAAUGAGAUUCUGCUGGAUUACUCCCGAGACGCUGCUCUCAUCGUCAUCACUCUGCCCAUAGGGAGGAAGGGGAAGUGCCCGAGCUCGCUGUACAUGGCCUGGCUGGACACCCUGUCCCAGGACCUCAGACCUCCAGUCAUCCUGAUCCGAGGAAACCAGGAAAACGUGCUCACCUUUUACUGCCAGUGACUCCAGGCUUGGCCAUCCCUGUCCGCUAUUGGGGGUGCAUGGAACGAGUUGGAACUCGACUGGCUGCAGUCCACAGGGAUGAGACUCAUGUUCUGUUGUAAGUGGCAGCAUCUGGUGAUCUCACCAAAAAAGAUGGUAGAUUUCCAAAUCUGGCUGGACUCUGCUUCCACCGGACACAUUCUCUGGGUUUUGUUUUUAUGGGCUGGAGAAACAGCAGAUGGAGCUGCCAGGAAAACUCUCUAAAGGAUUCUAUUCCUUUUAAAGCGUUUCUUUUGAUCUUGAUGACCAUUAA